AUGAGACUACGACAGCUUCUCAUCCCCUCCCUUGCGGCCACUGCCGUCCUCGCGCAGUCGACGACGGACAGCAGCAAGCAGCUCGAGAAAAAUGCGGCUAUCGAUUCCCUAGUCGACGUUCCACCGGCCGUCAAGAAGUACGGCACUAAAGAUGCGCCUGUCGAUGGCAAGGAUGGGAAGCCGCACGCGGGCCCCUUUGUCGACUUUGAGUCUUCUGCUCCCGAAACCACCAAGGACUUGCCUGUUUUGAAAGACCGCCCAGAAGAUCCAACAAUUGUAGGGGGGAAGAAGAUACCCGACACCAACGAUGGAGUGAUGGACGACCCCAGCCGACAGGAGCCCAAGGAAGGUACCACAGGCACAAGCGGUGGUGUAAGCGAGAAGACCAAGGAGAGGAUCUUGAAGGAAAACGAGACUGGCGAGAAGGUCCAAAACACGCCUCAGGCUCCCAAGGAGGCUCCUCCCCUGCCGCACGUUGAGCAGGACAAGAUCGACAAAGAAAUGCAGGACAAAUAUGGUGAUAAGGCAGCAGACGAUAUCACGGGCUUCGAGAUCUCCCUGACAAAACCCACGAUAAAUCCCCCCCUCUGCCUGACUCGGCCGGGUAGAAUCGAUCACCUAGACGUUUCCAGUGGGGAGAAGACAGCAAGCCUCGGCGAUCUCGACAAAGGCACUGAAGGCGUCAUCAGACCUUUCCAUUCCUUCUUCCUUUCGUUCACUAUGAUUCUCUUCUCCGAGAUCGGCGACAAGACUUUCCUCGUGGCUGCCCUGAUGGCCAUGAAGCACGACCGCCUUGUUGUGUUUUCUGGCGCUUUUGCUGCCUUGAUCACCAUGACCAUCCUCUCAGCCGUCCUGGGACAUGCCGUACCCACGCUUAUUCCCAAAAAGAUCACCAACUUCCUAGCUGCUGGUCUGUUCCUUAUCUUUGGAGCUCGGCUGCUCCGCGAAGGUAUGGCCAUGAGUCCCGAUGAAGGUGUUUCCGCCGAGAUGCAGGAGGUAGAACAGGAGCUCGAGGAGAAGGAACACCUUGCCCGUAAGCAGGGCCGCAGGAGGUCGAGCGUCUCUCCCUACAGUUUGGAAAUGGGCCUCGGUAACCGCAAGUCUCGCUCCAAGUCCCGCUUCCCAACGCCGCCCCGAAGCCCCUCCAGCUCCCCCGAUGCACGGAACGCAUCGCCGCGUGGAAGAAACCUUACGGAAUGCCUUGCCGGUUUUAACAACCUUGUGUCACUUCUUCUCAGUCCUGCCUGGGUCCAAACUUUCGUUAUGACCUUUUUGGGCGAGUGGGGUGACCGCAGCCAAAUUGCAACCAUUGCCAUGGCGGCUGGUCAGGACUAUUGGUGGGUAACGCUUGGGGCUGUUGUGGGCCACGGUAUUUGCACAAGUGUUGCCGUCAUCGGUGGAAAGGCUAUUGCAGGCAAGGUCAGCCUGAAAGUUGUCACUGUCGGUGGUGCUGUGGCCUUCCUCGUCUUCGGCGUCAUUUACUUGGUUGAGGCCCUUUAUUCCUAG